UCCGUUUCGUCCGCCCUCCUCCGCAGCCUUGCUCCGUGGACCAGCCCCGGGGGCCCCCGUUCUCCCCUCGUAGGUGUUGGGGCUUGGCCCCAGCCCUCCAUCUUCGUUUCUCACCAUGGCGAGCAGCAGCGGCUCCAAGGCCGAAUUCAUUGUCGGAGGGAAAUACAAACUGGUCCGCAAGAUCGGGUCUGGAUCCUUCGGGGACAUCUACCUGGCCAUCAACAUCACCAACGGCGAGGAAGUGGCCGUGAAGCUGGAGUCGCAGAAGGCCCGGCAUCCGCAGCUGCGGAAGGAGAGCACGCUCUAUAAGAUCCUCCAAGGCGGGGUCGGCAUCCCGCACAUACGGUGGUAUGGUCAAGAAAAAGAUUACAAUGUGCUAGUCAUGGAUCUUCUUGGACCCAGUCUUGAAGACCUCUUCAAUUUUUGUUCAAGAAGAUUCACAAUGAAAACUGUACUUAUGUUAGCUGACCAGAUGAUCAGUAGAAUUGAAUAUGUGCAUACAAAGAAUUUUAUACACAGAGACAUUAAACCAGAUAACUUCCUAAUGGGUAUUGGGCGUCACUGUAAUAAGUUAUUCCUUAUUGAUUUUGGUUUGGCCAAAAAGUACAGAGACAACAGGACACGACAACACAUACCAUACAGAGAAGAUAAAAAUCUUACUGGCACUGCCCGAUAUGCUAGCAUCAAUGCACAUCUUGGUAUUGAACAGAGUCGCCGAGAUGACAUGGAAUCAUUAGGAUAUGUUUUGAUGUAUUUUAAUAGAACAAGCCUGCCAUGGCAAGGACUAAAGGCUGCAACAAAGAAACAACUAUUUGAAAAGAUUACUGAAAAAAAGAUGUCCACUCCUGUUGAAGUUUUAUGUAAAGGCUUUCCUGCCGAAUUUGCCAUGUACUUAAAUUAUUGUCGUGGUUUGCGCUUUGAGGAAGCUCCAGAUUACAUGUACCUGAGGCAGCUAUUCCGCAUUCUUUUCAGGACCCUGAACCAUCAGUAUGACUACACAUUUGAUUGGACAAUGUUAAAGCAGAAAGCAGCACAGCAGGCGGCCUCUUCCAGUGGGCAGGGUCAGCAGGCCCAAGCUCCCACAGGCAAGCAAACUGACAAAACCAAGAGUAACAUGAAAGGUUUCUAAGCAUGAAUUGAAGAACAAGAAGCAGAGCAGAUGAUUGGAGCAGCAUUUGUUUCUCCCCAAAAUCUAGAAAUUUUAGUUCAUAUGUACACUAGCCAGUGGUUGUGGACAACCAUUUACUUGGUGUAAAGAACUUAAUUUCAGUAUAAACUGGCUCUGGGCAGCGCUGGUGAUGCUGUAUCCUGAAUUGUAGCCGCUGUAAUUGUGAAUAUUAACUGAGAUAGUGAAACAUGGUGUCCAGUUUUCUACUGCAUUUUUUCGAGUGGAAAAGUUAACUAAAUGGUUGACACAAAUUGGUGGAGAAAUUGUGCAUAUGCCAAUUGUUUUGUUAAAGCCUUUUAUUUUGAACUAUACUGCUUUGAGAAGUCAUUUCAGAAGAAUGGCAUGAACAGUCUUCAGCCACAGUUGUGAUGGUUGUAAAUGCUCACAAUUGUGCAUUCUUAGGGUUUUUCCAUCCCUGGGGUUUGCAAGUUGUUCACUUAAAACAUUCUCAAAAUGGUUGGCUUCUUCUUUGCAAGUCAGCUGAUACGGUAGCAACCAAAGAUUCCAGUGUUUGAGCAUAUGAAAGACUCUGCCUGCUAACCUGUGCUAGAAUAACAGCAUCUAAAGUGAAGAUUUAAGAAACUUAGUGACUACUAGAUUAUCUUUAGGACUCUGCAUUAACUCUAUAAUGUUCUUGGUAUUAAAGGAAAAAAAACCCACAUAUUUGUCACAGAAAAUUAGUUACCAUCUUACAACUGAACAUGUAUGUAUGUUGCUUAGAUAAAUGUAAUCACUGUAAACAUCUAUAUGAUCUGGGAUUUUGUUUUUAUUUUGAAAUGGGAGCUUUUUUUGUUUACAAGUUCAUUAAAAACUAAAAACUUUCUGUAAGGAAAUGAAAUUUUUUUAAAAAAACAAAAAUGCCUUGCUAACUUACUAUGAAUUCAAGAUCUCCCCAAUUUUUUAAUAGACUACUUCAAGCCAUUUGUUAAGUAUGUUCCUUUAUAAAUCAUUUUUUAUUUAAU